CCGGCUUUAUUUGUUAACCUCGACCUCCUUGAAUGUUAAAUAGUUUUUAACGUUUUUAAUUAUUUUUACCCGGAAAAAUAGAAAAGUAAAAGGAUUAAAAGUAAAAAACAAAUUUUCUACUGAUAAUCAAGUACUAAAGAUUAUUAAAGUCGAAUAAAUGAAAGAGAAAUAAAAUGACUACAAACGAAUCAUGUUCUGUUACAAUUGAUGGUAAUAAAACGGACAUUUGUUUUAAAAUUUACAGCAAUCGAAUUUUUUUAAUUCUCACUCAAUAUAAAAAGUUUGGAUCUUUCAUUACAGUUGAAAAGGAAUCUGGUCUGAGAGAAUUCAACAGCGACGUUUAUAGUACAAAAACUAUACUAGGUACUGACGCGCCGGAAAUUCACGCGGCAGCAAGAUUUAUAGCCGAGCAAACAAAUAUUGACCGAACACUUCUUUUAACAAUUUCUUUGAAAGAUUAUAGUCCCGAAUUUAUCAAAAAAAUUGUCAGCGUAUUGAAUAAAAUUAAAUCGUGGUAAAUCCUUUUGGGAAAAUUUAGACAAAGAAACAUGAGUCUAUUAUUUGGUCAGUUAGUUAUUGGUCCGCCAGGAAGUGGAAAAACAACGUAUUGCAAUGCAAUGGGAAAAUUUCUUGAAUCUUUGGGAAGAAAAGUGGCUAUUGUAAACAUUGAUCCAGCUAACGAAAAUAUGGAAUACACUCCAACAAUAAACAUUGCGGAUUUAAUAAAACUUGACGAAGUGAUGUCAAUUCAUAAAUUAGGACCAAAUGGUGCUCUGAUUUAUUGUAUGGAAUUUCUAGAAGCGAAUAUUGAUUGGCUCAUUAAGAGAAUACUUAGUUUGAAGGAUCAUUACUUUUUAUUGGACUGCCCCGGACAGGUGGAAUUGUAUACACAUCAUGAAUCGAUGAAUUCAAUAAGUACGAAAUUAACCGAAAACUUGCUAAGAUUAUGCAGCGUUAAUUUAAUUGAUUCUCAUCAUUGCAGUGAUCCUGGGAAAUAUUUAUCCUCGCUAAUGGUUUGUACAAGUACAAUGCUAAAUUUAGGUCUACCGCAUGUCAACAUAAUGACAAAAUUAGACGAAUUGAAACGCUUCAGUGAUAAAUUGGAUUUUAAUCUUGAUUUUUACACAGAUGUUCUCGAUUUAAAGUAUCUUCUAGAGAAACUAGACGAGGAUCCUUUAACAGCAAAAUACAAAAAGCUGAAUGCCGCUUUAGUGGAAGUGAUCGAGAUGUACAGUUUAGUUAGUUUUCUACCAUUGGAUGUGUCCAAUAAGGCAUUGCUUUUAAAAGUAAAAAAUGAAAUCGACAAAGCAAACGGCUAUGUAUUCGGUGGGAAUGAGCCGCAAGAUAUUCAAACUCUUUUGGCUUGCGCUGUGGGAGCUCAAACAGAAACCGAACGAGUUUCUUCUCUCGAUGCUUAUAUUUAAAAAUAAUUUACACAUAAUUAUUCUUCAGUUUAUAUUUUCUUCUGUCUAUUUACAAUAAAACUUCUUAUAUUUAUAAA